AUGAACACAAGCCAUGUUUAAAUACAAAACAAACACAAAAAAAAAAAAAAAAAGUAACGGUCAAGCAACAGACGAUCAUUUUCAAAAAUGUGACACUUGUUUUAUUAUAAAUAAGUAAUUUUCCCCUCUUGUCUUUUCUCUUCUUUUCUUUAUUCUCUCCUUUAAACCAUGCCUUCCACAUCUUUGUCACAUAUAGUUAUAGCUUCGCGACGAAUGUUUUCAAAACUCAAUCGUAAAUACUUUACACAUCACCAGUUUAAUAAAUCGACUUCAUCCAACUUAUCGUCCACCUUUUCAUCAUCCACAGUAUCUUCCAAUUCGCCUUCUUUUUCUACCACCAACACAAAGACAUCAACGAUUUCAUCUAGUAGCAUUGUGAGUAAGAGUAGUUUGAUAUCAAUGGAAGAUCAUUUAUCGCCACAAGACCUAUUUCAAAUGGCUGAAAAUCAUUUGUACGGACGUCAUAACAAAUCGCAAGACCAGAAAUUUGCAGUUCUUUGUCUUCAAGAUGCAGCCAAUCGAGGAAACCAUUCUGGAGCACAAGCCGUGCUCGGUUUUUGUUACGAAUUUGGACUCGGGAUUAGCAUCAACUUUCAAGAAGCUGAACGCUACUAUAUCAUGUCCGUCAAAACCGCAUUAACCGAAAAUAACAGCUCGCUUAAGGAUGAUGGCAUCGAUCUUUUACCCUUAAGUGACGCCACUUUAUUAGGCAUCGCUCGAUUAGCUUUUUUACGUAAAUACGGUCGACCCGGUGUGCAAAUCAAUCGCAUCGAGGCAGAAUAUUGGGAGUCCAAAAUUAAUGCCAGAGGUCCCAAUGCCAUCAACUGGAUUCGUCGCACAGCAACAGAGGACGGGUGUUCUUCUAGCCAAUAUUGUUAUGGCGUUUGCUAUCAUGACGGCAUCGCCGUUUCAAAGAAUGAACACGAAGCAUUCAAGUGGUACAAACUUAGCGCGGAGCAAGGCAAUUGUCGUGGUCAAGGAAUUCUAGGUUAUUGUUAUGGCGAGGGAUUUGGCGUAGAAAAGUCUGAAAGUACAGCCAUGGAAUGGUACCGCUGUGCUGCUGCCCAGGGGGAGACUGUGGCUAUUUAUAAUAUUGGCUACUGUUUCGAGGAUGGUAUUGGUGUACCGAAAGACCAUGCCGAAGCCGCUACAUGGUAUAUGCUCGCUGCAGAGCAGGGUAACGCUUUUGCUCAAAACAGUUUGGGAUAUUGCUUUGAGGAUGGCAUUGGUUUACCUCAAGAUAAAGUUAUGGCUGCCAACUGGUAUAGAAAAUCCGCUGAACAAGGUUAUCCUUGGGCUCAAUGUAAUUUGGGCUAUUGUCAUCAGAAUGGCAUCGGAGCCGAAAAGGACACCGUCCAAGGUGCAUACUGGUACGGUCAAGCAGCUCGUCAAGGCCAUGCAAGAGCUCAACAUAAUCUCGGAUUUUGCUAUCAAAAUGGUAUUGGCGUCACCAAAAACUUACAAAUGGCGGUCGCUUGGUAUACUAAAUCUGCCCACCAAGGAAAUAUCUUUGCUUUUCAUAGCUUGGGUUAUUGUUAUCAGAAUGGCUUGGGUGUAGAAGCUAAUCAACGUGAAUCUGUUUAUUGGUAUUUCCGUAGCGCUGAAUACAACCAUGCGCCAGCCCAGUUAUCUUUAGGUUUUGCUUUUAGAAACGGUAUGGGAGUUGAGAAGAAUGAGCAAGAAGCCGUCAAAUGGUUUCGUCUUUCUGCUAUACAAGGCAACCCUCUUGCACAAAAUAGCUUAGGUUUCUGUUAUGAAGAAGGACUUGGUAUCGAAAAGGACGCCAAAUUUGCGGCCUAUUGGUACUUGAAGGCAGCUAAGCAAGGCAACCCAUGGGCUCAGUGUAACCUUGGAUUUUGUUAUGCCAGCGGCAUUGGUGUUGCAGAGAAUGCAACCAAGGCAGUUUAUUGGUACCGUAAAGCGGCUCAACAAAACCAUGCUCGUGCUUUACAGAAAUUAGCAUUGCAUUUACAGGGUGGCAUAGGAUGUCAACAAAACCCCGAAUUGGCUGUACGUUACUUUGGUCUUGCGGCUCAACAGGGUCAGGUGGCUGCACAAUAUCAUUUAGCAUUGUGUUACGAAAAGGGUUUGGGAACUCAAGUUGAUUUACAAGAAUCUCUUGUCUGGUAUGAGCGUGCAGCAACUGCUGGUUGUAGAAACUCUUAUCAACGUCUUCGUCAGCUUUUGCUCCGCUACUGCCUCGAGAAUGCUUCUGCUGGUGAUAUAAUUCAAAGGGUUGACAAUGCCAAUGGCAGUUGGUCAAGUAACACACAUCCACUUGGCUGGAUAUCUGGUUUUGCUGCUCCUGCUGCAUAAACUUUUCUCAUUUACAUUUUAUUUUUUUUUACAUCAAGCAUUUUUCCAUUUGUACACUAGUUAAUAUUAUUAUAGACAAAAAAAGCAUUAUAUAUAUUUAUAUCCCUUCUUUACAUACCUUUUUUUUUUAAAAUAAAUAAAAAAAAAAAAAGGUCUAAUACAAAAAAGAAAGCUACACACACGGGGGGCACGUUUUUAGUUACCGCCUUGCA